ACCUACUCAUUCACAUAAAAGGAUAAAAACGUCUCAAUUCUUUGGUGUUAAACUGUUAACAGAAAUAAAAAUAACCAAACAGUAAUUAGUCUUUUCAAUAAUAAGUAACCCUGUUUCAGUGAAAAGCGACAUGAAUAAAAUGUGCUUCACUUCAUCAAAAUUUUCGCCAUUAUCAACUACUUUACAUACAAGACUAGUGAGAUUAUGUGCAAUGUGGUACGUCUUGGUUUCGUUCUACUUCGCUGACAUCGGCAGUCACCCUCUGUCUGAAAGACAACACCUCAACUUCAAAUGGAAUGGUUUCACGUUUGUUGACAAAGAUCUGGCCAAGUCAAUAAUUUGCUCCCCUCAAGCCAAUCAAGAUGUCUGUUCACGGUUAGAGAAGUUAUUGGAUAUCUCCAAAUUUCUGAGCAUGGAAGCACUAUCUGAGUUUUUCUGUUAUGCGAAUCCUUGUGUACAAAUCCCGUCGCCAUCAAGUACUGCAUUAAACCUGCCACCUAAAGAGAAACGAAGUUUAUGCAAUAUCGAUGGAUGUUACAGCGAUGACUAUCAGGGAACGAAAGGUCUCACGGCGUAGAACAAAUUCAACUCUAAAUAUAUAUUGUCAUGUUUUCAAUCAAAGAGUUGAAUUUUCAAUAUACAUGGUUCUAAUAAAUAUUUUAACAACCUAUCAA